CGAAGACACACCCUCUCUGUCCCGAGCCAUUCACAUCGGGCGGCGCACAGCACAGCACGGCUAGGCAGCAUGUCUGGUGUUACGCCGAAGCCGUCACCAGCCUCACGGUCAUGCAUGCCGUGCCACCAGCGCAAGGUGCGCUGCGACAAGAAGACGCCCUGCUCGGCGUGUAUCCGCGGCAAGCACCGGUGCGCGUACCCGGGCAACGGCAGCGGCAACGACGACGGCACGCAGAGGCCACGGAAACCCAAGUCGACGAUAGCAGACAUCGCCGGCCGCCUGCAGCAGCUCGAGGGCACCCUCGUGUCGCUGUCUUCUGGCCAUCUGUCCAGCAGCAGGACGCCCGUGGCGGCAUCACCGAGGCCACUCAUCAGCCAUGAGCCAGCAGGGCCAGUGGCCUCCCCUGGUGACACAAGCCUGCAAUAUAGCAGGCAUUCGACGACGCAGAAAAGGCAGACGCCGACAAGGUCUAAUGAUGACAACGCCAGACGCACCAGUACGGCGUUUGCGGGGGUCCUGCGGUCAGGCAACGACUCGAGCGAGUACGUCAACGAGAUCCUGCUGUCACGCGUCCUCGAGGAGGAGGACGAAAACCGGCCGACAGAAAAUCCACAAGACGAUGGCCCUCCACGCAAAUCCGUAAAGACAGUGAUGGAUAGCCCGAUCGGCUACCCCUUCUCGCCCAUGAUCUCCGAGCCGGACAGUCCCCCAAGGUCGCCGCUUGACCUGCUGCCAUCCCGGGGCCAGGCGUCCCAGCUCUGGCGCAUCUUUGUGCAGAACACGUCGGGCCUGCUGUGCCUGCUGCACAUGCCGACGACGCAGGUUGCCGUCUUCACCGCCGUAGACAGGCCCGACAGCGCGCCCGCCGACGUCGUCUGCCUGCUCCACGCCGUCUGGUUCUCGGCCAUCACGUCCAUGUGGCCGGGCGAGGCUGCCUCGGUGCUGGGGCGGCCCAAGGCCGAGUCCCUGAGCCGGGCCAAGACGGGCUUCGAGAUGGCCCUCGCGGCGGCCAACGUCAUGCAGACGCCGACCGUCACGGCCCUGCAGGCGAUUGCGCUCUUCAUGAUGAGCCUGCGCGCGCACCGCACCUCGCGCUCCGACUGGGCGUUCCUGGGGCUCGCGAUCCGCCUCGCCCAGUCCCUCGGCGUCCACCGCGACGGCACCGCGUUCCCGCGCAUGUCCCUCUUCGAGGCCGAGAUGCGCCGCCGCCUGUGGUGGCAGCUCCAGGCCCAGGACAAGCGCGCCGCCGAGGACCACGGCUUCGUCACCGACGCCUCCUUUGGCGGCGACAGCGCCGACGCGCCCCGGCUCCCGCUCCAUGUCGACGACUCGGCGCUGCAUCCGGGCAUGACACAGAUGCCCCCGCCCGCCGCGUACUUCUGCAACGCCACGCACUUUCUCAUCAUGGCACAGGCGACCCUCGCCCUACAGCGCCUCUCUCGCGAGUUCGCCCGUGGCGCCGGCGAGGAGGUGCGGCAGACCAUCGUGGAUGAGCUCAUGGACCGCGUGAGCCCGCUGCUCGUGUACCUCAACCCGGUCAUCCCCGAGCAGAAGGCUGCACUGCUGGCCUGCAACAUUGUGCUGGCCAAGAGGGACUUUGUGAGCCGGGUGCAGCUCCUUUCCCGACAUCCCUCACCCCUGGGCGACGAUGUCGUUGAGGACGAACAAGAACAGGAAAUAAUCAGUGGCGCUGACCCUAGGAGGGAGGACGGUGCAGAAUCACCUGCAGCAGCAGUAGCAUCGACCACGAUGAAGACGACCAGGACGGAAUGGACAAAGACCGCCAUCAUGGAGGCCAGCCUCGUCGUGGCCUGUGACAUCCUCGACAUGGACCACGAGGUCUACAAGGACGAGCUGCUGCGCAACUACCGCUGGCUCUCAGAGUGCUACCCGCAGUACCACCUCCUGCUGUACGUCCUGUGGCACCUCAACAUGCGGCCCGUCCAGGGCCCCAACGUGGGCCGCGCCUGGGCCGCCGUGGACCGCGUCUUCGAGCACGAGGCCACGCGCGUGUGGCGGCAGGGCGGCGGCGGCGAGCCGUUGCCCAAGGUGUCUGCGCGGGAAUACAGACCUACAGGCUCUGUCUGGGCCGUCUUCCUGAGGCUCCGCGACAGUGCGCUUCGUGCGAGGGCUGCCGCUCUCAUGACUGAAGUAGCCGCUAGUAGUGUCGACCAUCACGAUGUGGCUGCUGGAAAUAUGCAGGCGGUGGAUGAUGCGCGGACCGCGGAGAGUCAUGCAGUGGAGGGGCUGGCACGACUGUCCGGAGACGGCGCUGCUGCAGCCGCUGCCUUUGAAGAGGAGCAGCAGCCGCAGCAAGCGGAGCGCUGGGCAGAGAACCCUGGCUUUCCGGCGGCGCAGGAUAACAGGCUGGAGCCGGAUCGUGGCUAUGACAAUGACCCGGACCACGGCGACUUCAUCAACUGGGACGGCGAGGUGCAGGACUGGACUACUCUGCUAGCCGACUUUGAAUCUCAAAACUAUGGAUUCUGGGGGGCAGCUCCUUAAGAACCUGGUGUUCUCGUCCUACAAUGAAUCACUCCGUCAAAGCUCUGAAACGGGUAU